AUGGUGAAACUCGACGUGUCGCUUCUGCGAUUUCUGGAGGAGGAGGACUUUCGCGUUCUCACUGCUCUCGAGAUGACGAUGCGAAACCACGACGUUGCCCCUACAGCCCUCAUUGAACGCAUCGCACAACUCCCUUACGGUGGCUGUCGCAAGCGCCUGAAGUGCCUCCUUAAGCACAAGAUGAUUCACCACGAGAACACCAUGUACGAUGGCUACGCAAUGAAGUACGGCGCGUACGACUACUUGGCGCUCCGUACCCUGUGCAAACGCGGCACCGUCGCUGCCGUCGGUCACCGCAUUGGAUGCGGCAAAGAGUCCGACAUUAUUCUUGUCAAGGACGAGUCCGGCAAUGAAUGUGUGCUAAAGUUGCAGCGUCUCGGGCGCUGCAGCUUCCGAAGCGUCACACGUAACAGGGACUACAAAGGCGGUGGCCGCGCCCGACACGGUGAGAGUUGGUUUUAUCUCUCUCGCCUUGCCGCGGAGAAGGAGUUCUCCUUCAUGAAGACCCUCUAUGACGAGGGAUUCCCCGUUCCGAAACCAAUUGAUCAGAACCGUCACGCACUCUUGAUGGAGCUGGUGGACGGCACGCUGCUAAACAACAUCACUGCAUUGGGUGACCCGGAGAAGGUUUACAGGCGUUCGCUGGACCUCAUGAUUAAGCUUGGCGAGCACGGCCUCGUACAUGGUGACUUUAACGAGUUUAAUCUUAUGAUUACGGAGGACAUGCGCGUCAUCGUGAUUGACUUUCCGCAAAUGGUCUCAACGAAUCACCCCAACGCAGCAGAACUAUUUAGUCGAGAUGUGGAAAACCUUGCGAAUUUUUUCCAUCGUCGUUUCAAGGUAAAAUCACUCUUUUACCCAACGCUUGAAAGGGACGUGGAGCGCAAGGCGGAACUGGAUCGCGUGGUCUUUGCUAGCGGGUGCUUCAGCAGCAGACAGCAACAGGAUCUUGAGCGUCUUUUGCAAACUCAGCUGGCAUCAUGCGAUGAGGCCGACGGUGAAGGUGAGGAUGACGAUGAGGAUGAAGACUGUGAAGGGGAUGCGGUUGGCACAACGAUUCCUUCAGGGACGACACCAGAGGGGAUUGACGGUGCAGGUGGUGCACAGGCGUUUGAGGAAAAUGGGGCCGGUGACACUGAGGAAGAAAAUGAGGGACGGCAGCAGCAGCAGCAGCAGCAGCAUCCGGAAGAUGAAGGCGAUGAUGGUGGCUGUGAUGGCAACGAGGAUGAGGUGAGUAGUGUGGCGCGGUCUCUUGACGAGGCAGUUGAUGAGGCAGCUGUUGAGAGACGUGGUCAGUGGCAGCAGCAGCAGCAGAAUGUGAACUUUAAUCCUGAUGGCACUGUCAACGAGGGCUACGUGCGAUCGCAGGUGCGACGCAACAUUCGCUGCAAAGACAACCAUCAGUUCAAUCUGGGCCUUCACCGCAACGUGCAGAAGGGGCGGCAGAAGCAGAAGAUACGGCGUCAGAUCAAGCAGGGAAUAAACAACGGAUUUUUUGACUAG